GACCAGACCCAUAAACUCUCUCUGGUCAAAAUUACCUUCAAUUAAACUCUUCAUUCUCUCCAAGCCAAAAAAAUAAAAUUAAAAUUAAAAAAUGGUUUAGUCAAAGAAGCUCUAAUGUAAUCGUCAAUAACUCUCGCCUUUGAAUUCAUCAACAAAACCUUUGAACCCAAAAAAGAAAUAAAUAAGUAAAAAAUAAAAAGCACUCAGAGAAAUCAAACAUCACAGCCCCCAACAAAUAAUCAAAAUCAAACCAAAAUUUUCCAUGCAAUUAUCUGGCAAUUCUCUCUCUCUCUCUCUCUCACACACGAACACACACCCACCAAAGUCAAUGGUCCUCUCCUGCUCGAUGAGAUCGUCUCCUCACGAUGAUACGCGUUAAUUUGACGAUUCAUUAAGCGUUAAUACACAAAACCCAUCGGAUUUGUGUUUUUUAAAUUUAUUUUUCAAAUUUCACCGAGAAAUUAUCCUUUGCUGUGUCCUUGUUGUUGUUGUUGGUAUUUUAACCAUGAAAGGCUCGGUUUUUUUGGCAAGAAUUUUUGUGUGGGUUUGCAUAUUAUUGUUGCUGAGCUUGGGUUCGUCUUCUGGGGUCACGGAGGACGAUGUGAGGUGCCUCCAGGAAUUCAAGAAAGAGGUGAAAGAUCCUCAGGGGAAGCUCAGCUCAUGGGACUUCAAGAACACAUCGGUCGGAAACUUAUGCAAGUUCGUCGGAGUUUCUUGCUGGAACGACCGCGAAAAUCGGGUCUUGAACCUCGAACUCCGAGACAUGAAGCUGUCGGGCACAGUUCCACAGGCGCUGGAGUACUGUGUUAGCCUUCAGAGUCUGGAUCUUGGUGGUAACGAUUUCUCUGGUGAGAUCCCUUCCCAAAUAUGUACAUGGUUGCCAUAUUUAGUAGGAUUGGACUUGUCAAACAAUAAAUUCUCGGGCUUUAUCCCACAUGAUCUGGGAAAAUGCACAUAUCUGAACAGUUUGAUCCUUUCGGAUAAUCGUCUAUCUGGCACCAUACCCUUUGAAAUUGCUAACCUCGGUAGGCUGAAGAAGUUCUCUGUGGCCAAUAACCAACUCACCGGUACCAUCCCUCAGCUUCAUUUUCCGCAAGAUAAGGCUGAUUUUGCUGGAAACAAAGACCUUUGUGGAAAGCCACUUGGAAAGUGUGGUGGGUUGAGCAAGAAAAACCUUGCAAUUAUAAUUGCUGCUGGGGUGUUUGGCGCCGCAGCAUCGUUGUUGUUGGCUUUUGGGCUGUGGUGGUGGUAUCACUUGAGGCUGAGUAAGAGGAAGAGAGGGUAUGGUAUUAGAGGGGAUGAUGAUUGGGCUUCGAAGUUGAGGGCUCAUAAGCUUGCUCAAGUUUCCUUGUUUCAGAAACCUCUUGUGAAGGUCAAGUUGGCUGAUUUGAUGGCGGCUACCAACAAUUUCAGCUCCGAGAAUGUGAUUGUUUCGACUAGAACCGGGACUACUUAUAAGGCUGUUCUUCCUGAUGGAUCUGCUUUGGCGAUCAAGCGGCUUAAUACUUGUAAGCUUGGCGAAAAGCAGUUUCGCCUUGAAAUGAACCGAUUAGGACAGCUAAGACAUCCAAAUCUAACACCCCUUUUGGGGUUUUGUAUGGUGGAGGACGAAAAGCUUCUGGUUUAUAAGCAUUUGUCGAAUGGGACUCUGCAUUCUCUGUUGCAUGGAAGUGGUCCUACUGCAUUGGAUUGGCCUACUAGAUUCAGGAUUGGUUUCGGUGCGGCCAGGGGUCUUGCUUGGCUUCACCAUGGGUGCCAUCCCCCAAUCAUCCACCAGAAUUUAUGCUCGAAUGUAAUACUUAUCGAUGAGGACUUUGACGCGAGGAUAAUGGAUUUUGGAUUAGCUAGGCUCAUGACUUCCGAUGCUAAUGACAGUAGUUUUGUCAAUGGAGACUUGGGCGAGCUAGGAUAUGUUGCUCCAGAGUACCCCGGUACAAUGGUCGUUUCCCUCAAAGGGGAUGCUUAUGGUUUUGGGGUAGUGCUCCUUGAGCUAGUAACUGGGCAAAAACCUCUUGAAGUCAGCACUGGUGAGGAAGAAUUUAAAGGUAAUUUAGUGGACUGGGUGACUUAUCUAUCUAACUCUGGUCGAACCAAGGAUGUCAUUGAUAAGGCGAUCUGUGGAAAAGGUCAUGAUGAGGAAAUUUUGCAGUUCCUGAAAAUUGCUCGCACUUGUGUUGUUUCUCGGCCCAGGGACAGAUGGUCUAUGUACCAGAUUUACCAAUCAUUGAAGGGCAUGGCCAAAAACCAUGGUUUCUCCGAACUGGAUGAUGAAUUUCCACUGAUUUUUGGCAAGCCAGAUAAUGAUACAAUGUAGCUUUGGAGCAAAGAGGGAGAAGCAUGCAUAUUGUUACAGGAUUUUGUCUUCGACGAAAGUUCUCCAGGGCUUUUAAUGUAAAUGGUAUGUUCCCAUUCUGAUUUUCCACAUUUGUUAGGCUAGCUGUAUGAUAAAAUAAACUACCUGUAAGUGGACAAUAGGGUUCUACAUCUACAGAUGAAAGAUAUUAUUGUUUUCCCUUUUGUUGUAUGAAAUACAACCUCUACUGAGGCUCAAUGGUAUUUUUAGUA